UGAAGUUUGUAACAUUGUCAAUCUGUCAUUCAGCCUUUUGUUAUUUUAUAUGGCGUGAAAAUAGUUUGUUAGUCAUAAUAACAUCAAAAAAUAAAUAGAAAAAUCGCUCAACAACCGUGAACCUAUGAUUCGAACGAUAUUUGAUCCGCCUAAAUCGUAAACUGUCACACGGGCACUACGCUCUCGGUUAAAUUAGGCUUAAGAAUUACUGUGCCCCAAAUACAAUGUACAUACAUAGACGACGAUUUGAACUUGAAUUUCGCAUAUUUUUUGGAUGACAUCACAGUGCUAAAUAUUUUAACUUUAUAUGACCACCUUCCAUUCCAACAGUAAAUAAUCACAUCAUCGAUGCAAUAACAUGGAACUUCCGAAUAUAGAAACUUGCAAUCGCAGGAAAGCUCCGCUGUUGGACUUAACAACCGAAGUCAUUGACAAUGGUGACGAAAAAUCGGAUAUUGAUCCGGAGAAUGUGAAAAAAAUCAGUUGUGAUGCUACACCCGUUAAUGAUGAGAUCAUAGACGGUAAUAACAUGGAUUUAAUUAGGGUAGUUGAAGCGGCAGCAAUACACCAGAGUGAUACGUUAAAUUGUGAUAAGCGCGAGCAAAUGGAUUGUGGUGAACAGUCAACAAACGAAUCGUCCAAAGCAUUCGCUUUCACGAUAGAUUUUAGUGAAGGCAAACCUGUAGAUAGCAAAAAGUUCAACAACAUUGUGGAACGAUUUCAGAAACGACAUCGCCGGGGUGUGUCACUCGAUAAAAUUGACAGUCCCACGCAACCAGUUGCUAGCAAGGCAAAACCUCCGCUGAAAAAAACGGAACAGAAGAGCUUAGAAACCGAGAAGGGAGUGAAACUCCGUGAUAAGAGUCAAUUAAGUGUCGGAAGAGAAUCGGAAAUGCGGCACAGCUGGAGUCCUCGUACCAGUUUAUCGGCCAGUUCGAAGGGAGACGAUACAAUUGCCAAAUUUGUACCGAAGUCUGCCACCUUGCAGUUAGCAUUGAAAGACGUUGGAGCCAAGGAAAAGUUCAAAAUUUUCGAUAUGACUCCGACGGACGAAGUGAUUGAUGAUUUUGUGUGUCCACAACCGCCACUGGAAUUCGAUAAAGGCAAUUCGGAUAAUGAAUCGGUUAGCGAGGCAGGAACCUAUACGCUCGACGGUGAUAAUUACACGGAAGAACAGAAAGCCAUGAUGAACAUUGACAAGCUGCCAAAGUUGUCGACAAUCGUUUGCCAGGAGCAGACCGCAACAGUUAUUCAAUCGAUAUCGCACAAUUCCCCAAUCAAAUCGAAGCCUAAACACCAAGACCUUGAGGUGAUCGAUUUGGAAACCGAAGCCGUUCACAUCAACCGAAACAGCGUUGUGCAAACAUCUUCCGCACUCGACGGAAAACGGGACAAGCCGAAAACGUCGUACUUGGAGAAAUUGAAAUCAAAAGUCCGGACCAUCGGAGACCGAGCAUUUCACAAAAAUAAAUCGCCCGACAAGGUCGUCCCUUCCGAUUUGGACAUCGGUAAUUUUACCAGUGUCACGGCUAGUGGAGUGUUCAGUAAAAAGUCGUCUUUGGAUAGUGCACUGCCACCCCGGAUGGCGCGGAAAAACAGUUUGACAAAAUCUCACAUUGACAGUUCGGAGUACAUACAGCGAGCGGGUCAAGUAAGCGAAAAGCUUCUGAAUUCGUACACCGAUUACGAAAAGGCCCGACAUCAUGAAUAUCAGCUGAAUAUCUUCUCGCAAGACUGUAGCACAGAUAUCGAGAAAGAAAACGGACUCGGAAUCAAAGCAGCCGAAACGAAGGAGGAUUGGAUACAGGAGUGGGCGAAAAAUGCUCGUCGCAAUGCCCAGCAUUUGAAUGCAUCCCGUAACGAGCGAGCACAAUCCGAAGCUUACGCCAAACAAAACUAUCAGUCCGAUGAGUUCGGUGACAACCUUGAACGCAACUAUUCGCCGAAAUCUCAUAAAAACCGAUUCAACCGCUACAACGACGUAGACUCGAACUACAAAAUGUACCGGCCCAGUUCACCGAAAUUCUCUCCGAAAUAUCUCAGUCGUAACGACGAAUCGCCAAACUACGAUGACUCUGAGUUCAUCGAGCCUACGCCAGCGCCUAUGACCCGAUCAUUUUCGGAACGAAAGGAUAACUACAACAUUCAACCGUUCGCUCGGCCACCAAUCAGUCCAACCAAAAUUCCAUCACCAAUGCAUUCGAUGACCCGACCGAGAAGUUCAAGCGUUAGUCGCAGUGUGCACAGCAGCAUCACAGAUCUGGACCGAAGUGACACGGAAAUGUAUCUGCAGAAAACGGCUGCGGCAAUUUCAACACUUCAAAACAUUCAUCGGAAUUCACCUCAAAGUCCACUCAGUCCAUCUCGACCGAAACUUCCAUCCAAUUUCACGUCAUCGCCGUCGAUCCGACGAAAUCAACAACGAAAAGCAGUUCCUCCUACAGCCAACGAUAUCCUGUACGGUUCGUCUCAGUCAUUGCACAAACGUAAUCUGUCCCUGGAUGGCAGCGAGUAUAAGCCAAAGUAUCAAUUACGCGAUCGGAUGUCCAGCAGUUACAAUGACGAAGGAUUGAACACAAUUUUAAAUUUGAAACAAAACCACACCAGACACAAUUCCUACGAAGACAAAACCAAUCAACGCACUAUCGAUCAAACAUUCGCUCCGCAAAUAGCCAUGCGCAACCACAUUUCGUCGACAACAAACAAACAACAAGUGGUGGCAACCAAGGCUGACACAUCAGCACGAACACCAACCAGCCAAAUCAAGCGUUCUAGCUCAUUUUCGACGAAACAGUUGGUACGACCGUCUUCGGGUGUGAAGACGCUAACACCGAAACUGGCACCAAAGACAUCAAUUUCUAGUCUUCAAAAAUCGGCGAGCAGCAACAGUUUCAAGAACAUGGCAUCUAAGUACGAGGACAAUUUGAACAAUGAAUUUUACUUGAACGACGAAGACGACUUGGAUCCGAACAUUUAUUCUUCCGAUUCGGAGCUGAGUGAUAUGGACAAUGAGAAGGAGCUGAUAACGAACACUCGGUACAACAAGGCUUUCCUGAUCCGAUUGGAGCAAAACAAACAGAAAGCAUCGGCCGUACAGAAACAGGGCUCGUUGGCAUGCCCAAAUACACCCGAAAUGCCGAGACGCGGUGAUAUACGUGCGAGAACGUCAUUGCGUGAUCGACAGUCCAUGCCCCGUGAUUCUAGUAUUAGUCGAAUGAAACAGGAAAUACCAGCGUUGAGUGCCACCAAGAAAGCACUAACGACUAAGGAUAAAGAACCCGGCAAGAAGGUCGUGCCGAAGUAUUUGGACAUUUCUAAGUACAAACCGAGUCAGGGCAACACCUUUCUCAAACGGGACGAAUCGAAGAGUACGCUGGUCAACAAGGAAAUCAAACGCAGUGCGAGUGCGUUCCUAAACAAAUCGGAUGUGGGCCGGUCGAGCAUACGAAGUGUAAAGUCUGCAGUGUCGACAACGAAUAAACAGGCGGCUAUACAAAAUGCCAAAGAGAUCGAAUUGGCGAUGUGGCGUAAACGGGCGAGCUAUGAUCCAAUGAAAGCGGCAGCUGAGGGAAAGAAGAAACAGGAGCUCGCUAGACGAAGUUCCCAGCAAAGUAAAUAUUGUGAUAACAGUUCUGUAGUCUUGCGAUCACAAUCUUUUCACAGUGGCGUAGGUCAAUUAAAUCAACGUACUAAUCACAGCGAUGAUAUCAAUCGUUGGACACUAAUAUCAACCGAAUCGAGUGAAGAUGAAUUUUUGGAAAAUUAGUAGAAUGGAUGCGAAGUUAAGUAUAACAAAAAUGAUUGGAAGAGAUUGGUUAAUUCUAAUAUAAAUUAUACAAAGCGGUGCAUAAUUUAACUAUUAAAAAUGUACAGGAAUAUGAAUAAUCAUCAGAAAUUUGCAAGAAAAUUUUUCAUUUUUUAUCUUUUAUUUUCUUGAUUUACAAAUAAACUAUCCGAACGUGUCGUUUGUGAGAUUAAUUUAAUAUUUUGUGGCUAAGCUAAAAAAAAUCGUGUACAUAGUUCCCGAAUGUGUACGACGGGUGUGUAUACAUAUUGCCGCUGAAUCCAUUACAUUGUGUAAAAUAAUACUCUCCCGACUUUAAAUUGAAAAAACGAACAAUUUAAAUAAAAAAAUUCCCCCGAACGAAAUCUAAUUUUGUUUCGAUAAAUUAUUCGAAUGGAAAUAUUCAUUUUUUGUAUUAAAAAAAUUUCUUUAUUUCUAAGAUUAUUCUAAGACGUGCAAUACUAAGAAAACGAAACCGUAAAGCAACAAACAUAAAAUCAAAAAGUAAGGAAAACUGAAGCUCUAAGUAAAUUUUCUGUUUUUAAUAGAAAUCUCUCUGAUUGCGACGAUUUUUCUUUUAUUGUUACAAUUGUUACAUUUUUCGAAUUGAAGACAUCAAGGAGGCAUCAUAUCAAGUAGACUUUUAACGGACAUUUUUAUGAUGAAAAAUUCUAACAGAUUUGUAGCUACAGUCAGAGGCAGUGCAAUUUCAGCAUGACUUUGCUUCAGCUGUUGUUCAGCUGAUCCACACAAAUAAUCAAAACUGCUUAUACGUCUUUAUAUGGUUUGCCACUAUCACGCGAGUAGCAGCUUCAGUCGUAUCAAACAAGCACAAACAGUUUUGAUUGUAAGUGUCGAUCAGCUGAAAAACAGCUGAAGCAAAUUCAUGCUGAAAUUUCACUGCAUCUGUCUGUAACAUUUUGUUUGCAAUUUAGUUGCAGAUUUUCCUCGAAUUUCCUUGAUUAAAAAAAAAUUGGAAUGAAGGCCCUUAAGAUGUGGGGAAUUGUUACAUCUAAAUAGCUCAUGAUCCUAGACAAAUCUAUUCCUUACCGUGAUAAAUAUGCAAGUAAAAAUAUAGAACAUCCGUGUGCGGGACGAAAAUCGUUCAUUUGAUCAAAUUUAUGGAACAUUACACAGUCUUAGCAUGUAGACUGUAGUUAGGACUAAUUAUACCAGAUAUAAUUGCUUCUAGCACAUCGGAGAAAAAAACGUAUCGUUUUGGUGUGAUUAUUGACAUUAGUUCCGCUAUGACUGGACUAAAGAAGUCUGCUCAUCUCAAUUUUAAAAAUCUUCAAAACUUUUAUUGGCAUUUAGUUGCCAACUUAUAUGCAACUCAGUGAUAAAUGCCUUUGAGGCACUAGGUGGUAGAUUGUCACUCGCCACGAGGCUGCAAGCGAAGAGUGACAAUACAUAUCGCAUGCGUAAAAAAGCGUUUGUUGUGUUAGUGUCAAGCGAUGUAUGAAAAUUCGUGUAUUUAUAGCGCGCGAAUAUUCGCAACGCUCGUCAAUAUAAUUACUGCUUUACUCGGUUGCAUAAAUAACUGUUUCUUAAUAAGGACAACGACGGUUUUGCAUUUCGUCUCUGAGUUGAGAAAUUCACUAUUACGGAGCUACCGUACAGCGCUUAAAAACCUUAGAGAGAGUAAAUUGUGAGAGAAUUUCAUUAAUUUUCUCUCACCAAUCCGCUUCUCUAAGAUUUUUAUGCGUUGUGUGGUAGAGAGCCUGUAAUCGUAAUCGUGAAAAUGUUUUUACGAAAUUUCCCGGCUUUUCGCGUUCUCGAAUGUUCACGAAUUUUCGAGCUUUUAGAGAUUCUUCAAAAUUGUAAAAAAUUCGCAAAAAUCGUGAAAAAUUUGUGAGCAUCGGGAAACCCCACGAAAAUUCAUGAUAAUUCACUUAAACGUUUUCACGAUUACAGUCACUCAUUACAUAACUAGAGAAACAAUUUAAAUCGGAGCUUUUGAGCUUUUCCGAGAUGAAACUGACGUCAAUAUAAAUAUUAAUUAGAGAGUGUUUAAUCGAUGAAAAAUAUGCAUGUUUUUGGCUGUGAAACCAGUAAAAGUAACUAUUAUAUUAUGCUGCGGUGCAGCGUUCGACAUUUCUAUCUCGUAAGCAAGCAGAUAAUCCGAGGGGAAACCACUAUUUUGUGAUUAACAUGAUUAAUCAGUUAAUAUGUUAAUAAGAAACAUAAGUUUUGUGAAUCCAAACGUUUAAUUGGUGAUUAACAUUGAUUAACCGCUAUAUUUCACGUUUAUUUGUAGUUUUGCGACGAUUCCCCCGGUCAAAUGCUGGUAAAUCACCAAUUCAUCAUCAUGUUAAUCACUGGUUAAUCAUGUUAAUCACAUCAAUGAAAAAGAGUUGUUUCCCCCUCGAGAUAAUCUGAGCUUUUGAGUAGUCGUAGACUCUCUGGUUUCAUGAACAAAUUUCAUUCAAAAAUCAAAAUUCUCUCCUUCUUUCCUCUUCGUCCUUCCUCCUGUUUGAUUAAAAAGAAGAUGACAGCAACGAUAAACGACUAUCGUUUGAAUAUCAUUCUAGAAAAUCGAAUUGAAGUUGUUAGCAAAUUCAGAGUGAGUAGAUUUGACAUAUAUGGUUUGUUAUAUUAAUUUUGAAAGAAAUUUUCCGUUCAACCAAAAAAGUUCCAUCGCGAACUUACAAAUAUUAUGUGCAAAUUGAAGUAUUGUCGUUAAUAAAUCAAAAUCGUUUUUUUUUAUACUUUUGAGAUCAUUUAUUUAUUUACAUUUUAGGAUUAGUUCAACAUUUCGUCAUCAGAAAUAAAAUUUAAAAAAUGUAUUAAGGAUGACCAUGUCCAUUUUUCAAAUCUUUUAAUUAAAUUUUACAGAAAUCUAUUCAGUUAAGACAACAGUGAAAUCGUCCCGCGAGUCCUAUGUUUAUGUUACAGAAACGAAAAUUGAUAGAAAGA